GCUCUCUUAUUUCUUUUUUCUUUCAGGAAAUUCAGUCACCAUGUCGGCUGCACUGUUGCCAAAGCCCCAGAUGCGGGGCCUUUUGGCCAGGAGGAUGAAGUUUCACCUCAUUGGGGCAUUUGUGGUGUCUAUGGGAUCUGCAGUUUUGUACAAGUUUGCAGUUGCUGAACCCAGGAAACAAGCUUAUGCAGACUUCUACAGAAACUAUGAUCCCAUGAAGGACUUUGAAGCCAUGAAGGCAGCUGGUGUGCUUGAGAGCGCACCAGCCAAGAAGUGUUGGUAAGCUGCACCUGCAGAUUCCCUUGCAUUUCAAGAAGACUUGAUGAUUGAACCUUGUUUGUUCACUGAAGUGUAAAGUGCAAUGCACCACAGUGCAUGGCACGCUCUAAUGCAGCUCAAUAAAUAAAAUACAUAUGUCAGU